UUUAAGGGAGAACUGGAGAGGGUAUGUGUCCAGUGCAGCUCUGUGUGAGCAAGAAGUGAAGAGUGAGACUGUAUCUGGGGACACCAGGGCUUUCCUGUUCCUGCAGUCUGACACUUCAGAGCACCAGGACAUGAAGCUGCACCUGCUCUGCUUUCUUUUCUUCAUGUGGCCUUUAUUUGUACAUGGAUCUGGAGGAGGUCAUUGGUGUUAUUCCUCCCUGGACCCCAAGUGUGGGCCAGAUCACUGGAAGGACAUCAACCAUAACUGUGGAGGAGAAAGACAGUCCCCAAUCAACAUUGAGAUGUCAAAAGUAAAAAGAGACAGCCAUUUAGGGGACAUCAAUUUUCAGGGGUAUGACCAGGUGCCACCUGGGCGGUGGAAGCUUAUGAAUGAUGGACACUCAGUCCUCUUGAGCCUUCAUGGAGAUGUGAUACAGAGUCACCUAAAUAUCAGUGGUGCUGGGCUGCCAAAUACAUACCAUGCUCUCCAGUUCCACUUCCACUGGGGGAGCGCAACAAGGGAUGGUUCAGAGCACUUGAUGGAUGGCAAGCAAUAUCCCAUGGAGAUGCAUAUUGUUCACAUAAAUGCAAAGUACCAAAGUAUCAGUGAAGCCAAGAAAGACCCUCAAGGCCUGGCUGUGCUAGGCUUCUUUUUUACGGUGUCAGAAAUUGACAACCCCAGCUAUAACGUACUGGUGGCUGGUAUGAAAAAUGUGUCUUUGGAAGGGGAAUUCAUACAACUAGACUCCACCUUUCCACUGGAAAAGCUCCUUCCACCCCAUGACAAGCUUUCUAGGUAUUACCGAUAUGAAGGAUCAUUGACAACUCCAGACUGCUCUGAGGUGGUUAUAUGGACCGUGUUUGAGGAUCCGGUAUCCAUCAGUCAAAGACAGCUGAAAAUAAUGACAGAAACUGCCCAUUUCACUGCACAUGGGGAGACACUGGUCAAAAUGUCAGACAAUUUCCGCACCCCGCAGCCACUAAAGGGAAGAAAAGUCUUGGCGUCCAAGGAUGCUACUGUGAACCGCUCCAAUUUUAUCCAUGCCUCAUUCCUCAUCAUGUGUCUGAUCAGUCUGGCCUCCCACACAUUAUUGCUCUUCUGAUAAGCUCAGGCUCAACUACUCCAAGCACCUUCUUGAUUGGCUCCUGCACAGAAAGAACAUACAAUUGCCAUCAGAAUCUGAUUACUUGAUAGCGGGAGUUGUGAACUGUAAAGCUGCUUUUGAAGCUGUUGCCUAACUGUAAGGGACAGAUCAAGACA